GUGCAUGUGUAUGAUUGUGACAAACUCCACCUGUUGAGCUGAUUUUUCUGCAACCUUAAACUUCAGCACUAUGCAUCACUCAUUCACUCACUCACUCUCUCACUCACCCAUAUCCAUUAUAGCUCUCUGCAUCUCCUGGGAGAAACCCUCAGCUUGGUAAUGAGAUGUUCAGGGCAAGUGAAGCUUGUUUUGACUUGCUAAUGUUGAAAGAAGAUGAUUUAUUCAUUUCCCACUUCAGCAUUUUAACUUCUAACAGCACCACAGUAACAAUUACUAUAAUAAUUAAUAAUGAUCAUAAUAAGCUUGGUAAAUUAUGCUAGCCCACUACCAGUGGAAUCCCGGGUUCGAAUCAACAGUGCUACUGGCUGGAUGGGCAUCUACAUACAGAUGUGAUUGGCUAAGUUUGUGAGGGAGGGGUUGGUGGUAGCUGAGGCCCCACAAUGGAUUGCCGUCCUGUCAGGGUGUUACUGCAUUGUGCCCAGUAAUUCCAGGAAAACCACCACAACCAUGACCAGGAUAAAGCCAGGGGGAAAAACUAUGAAUAAAAAUCGUAAUAACCACAAAUAUUGAAUAUGGGGUCCAUGCACCAGUAAAAAAAACAAGAACAAAACAAGACCAUUGUUGAUCAACAUAACAGAAACGAUCAUGAUGGUCACAUGCAGGUCCACUAAAAGUGCAUCAAAGGCUCGACGAGAUCUAAUAAACAGUGAAAUACAGAAGCUGAGGGCGCUGUUGCCUAUCCGAUCAGAGGAACGUGAACGUCUGUCCUACCUGCAUGCCAUGUCCAUCAUCUGCACCUUCAUUCGAAAAUCUGCUCUCCUCCACACUGGUGGCCUGAAUGAUGCUGAUUAUGCCAGUGGUGCUGAUCCGGUUCCACUCAGUGAAGAUCUGCUGAAGAUUCUAAAUGGAUUUAUCGUAGCCAUGACCAGUGAAGGAAAAUUAGUCUACGUUUCUGAGAAUGUCUCUCAGUAUCUCGGCCUCUCAAUGGUAGACAUUCUGCAAGGAGACACCUUCUACAGCAUGAUCCAUAAUGAUGAUCAUGAAAAUGUCAGGACCAGCCUACAGAACAACACCAUUAAUACAGGUACCACACACCUCUACACACAUUACACAUGGCUCCCUCUGUUGGUCACCCUCCGCAUGUUCGACCCUCAGAACCAACUCAUCAUCGCCCUGUGUUCACCCACACCGAGCCAGAGUACCAGCUUCAUCACUACACACACUCUGGAUAUGAGAUACACAAACACAGAAGACAGUGUGGUGUUACAGCUUGGUUAUAAUGCAGAGGAGCUGAUUGGUCGAUCUUGGUACAGCAUUAUCCAUCCCGACGACCUGAUGCACAGUGUCAGAGCACACACACAACUUAUACAUGGUAAUAGGGUAGAGAUGGUGGUGCGUCUGCAGAAUAAACAGAUGAACUGGGUUUGGAAUUAUAUCAUCGCCUUCAAAGAAGCUCACACCAUCGUCUGCACCAACUACAUCAUCAGCAACGUGGAGGCAGAGUAUCUGAGAGAGAAACUCUGCAGUUCCACGAUUUCACCAUCAUCAUCAUCAUCGCCGCCGUUGUCACAAUCAUUACCACCAACACCACCACCAUCUUCAGCUGUACUCUACCGUACCUGCAACUUCCCAAACCCACCAAUAGGGGGCACUACUCAUGAGGAAAGAGGAACUAACACAUUAUACGCUUCUUGUCCACCAUACAGCCCCACUUUCUCUCUUUCUCCUACAACACAGGAUGUCAACGCCUUGCACAUCCUGCCCCAUUCUUCAUCAUUCUGCACACCUCAGUCCUUUACCUAUCACACAUUCAGCCCAGACUCUGCUCAUCCAACAUCACCAACAUCAGACUCUUCUCAUCCAACAUCACCAACAUUAGAUCCUGCUUCACUAUCAUCAGACUUUGCCUAUCAGUCAUCAAACUCAGCACCUCUGUCAUCAGGUUCUACUUAUCACUCGCCACACCCAGCUUCUUUUUCUCCGGAUUCCACCCUUAUGUCCCCUUCUUCGUAUUAUUACCUGAGUGACCACUCCCACUCACCCCAUGUCCCUGACAUCCAUGCUGAACUUCCUGUUAGCUCAUCUGACUGCCUUUUUCAUCAGGACAUUACCAUGUCUCCAACAGGAAGCGACGCGGUGCAUUAUGGGUUAUCAGACGUUUUGACAGUGCCCCCUGCGCCCAUACAGGGCUACAGUGAGAGGGAAAAAGAAGUAAUUAGCGUCCUUGCAAGGCAGAUCUCCUCACUUGCAAACAGCUUCAGUUCAUACUGCACUAAAAGCUCUGCUCAUCACCCGGGACACACCUUGAUCUGUCAGUCACAUGAUACAGAGGCAUUCCUACUGGACGAGCAAGUGAUUAACAGUGUUUUGCAGGUUUCCCAGUCUUCGUCUGAGGUUCAGGCUUUGGACUCCCUGCUGGAUUUUGAGAUGUGUUCUUCAGAGGAACAUCAGACUCAGCCUGCCUUUAAUCUACAUCCACACUACCUGCAAGAUGGAUUCACUGACCAAUCAAUGUAUUGA